GCAGCUUAAGAAGUUAGAUGAAGACAGUUUAACCAAACAACCCGAAGAAGUAUUUGAUGUAUUGGAGAAGCUUGGAGAAGGUUCCUAUGGCAGUGUGUUCAAAGCCAUUCAUAAAGAAACAGGUCAAGUUGUUGCAAUUAAACAAGUUCCUGUGGAAUCUGACCUGCAGGAGAUUAUAAAGGAAAUAUCUAUAAUGCAGCAAUGUGACAGUCCUCAUGUGGUGAAAUAUUAUGGCAGCUAUUUUAAGAACACAGACCUGUGGAUAGUCAUGGAAUACUGCGGCGCUGGAUCUGUGUCUGAUAUUAUUCGAUUACGAAAUAAAACUCUCACAGAGGAGGAAAUUGCUACAAUAGUGCAAUCAACACUGAAAGGACUAGAGUACCUGCAUUUUAUGAGGAAAAUACACAGGGACAUCAAGGCUGGAAAUAUAUUGCUAAAUACAGAGGGACAUGCUAAACUUGCAGAUUUUGGAGUGGCAGGACAACUUACAGACACCAUGGCAAAGCGGAACACAGUUAUAGGGACCCCAUUUUGGAUGGCUCCAGAAGUGAUUCAAGAAAUUGGGUAUAAUUGUGUUGCAGACAUCUGGUCUCUGGGAAUCACUGCAAUAGAAAUGGCUGAAGGCAAGCCACCAUAUGCAGAUAUUCAUCCUAUGAGGGCAAUUUUCAUGAUUCCUACCAAUCCACCUCCAACAUUCCGGAAACCAGAGCUCUGGUCAGACAAUUUUACAGACUUUGUAAAACAGUGUCUUGUUAAGAGCCCGGAGCAACGUGCCACUGCAACACAGCUUCUGCAGCAUCCAUUUGUUAAAAGUGCCAAAGGAGUGUCAAUUCUGCGAGACUUGAUUAAUGAAGCAAUGGAUAUCAAACUGAAACGUCAGGAGGCGCAACAGCGUGAGCUAGAUCAAGAUGAUGAAGAAAACUCUGAAGAAGAUGAAACCGAUUCAGGUACCAUGGUGAGGGCGAGCGGAGAUGAAACUGGUACCAUAAGAGCUGUCAACACGAUGAGUGAUGGAGCCAACACAAUGAUAGAACAUGAUGGCACUUUGGAAUCCCAGUUGGGUACAAUGGUCAUAAACACAGAAGAGGAAGAGGAGGAGGGCACCAUGAAAAGGAGGGAUGAAACAAUGCAGCCAGCCAAACCAUCAUUCCUUGAAUAUUUUGAGCAGAAGGAGAAGGAGAAUCAAAUCAAUAGCUUUGGGAAGAAUGUGUCUGGCCAGACAAAAAAUUCAUCUGACUGGAAAGUACCACAGGAUGGAGACUACGAAUUUCUAAAGACUUGGAGUGUUGAUGAACUUCAGAGGAGGCUCUCAGCCCUGGACCCCAUGAUGGAGCAGGAGAUUGAAGAAAUCCGCCAGAAGUACCAGUCAAAGCGGCAGCCGAUCCUCGAUGCCAUUGAAGCUAAGAAGCGGCGGCAGCAGAACUUCUGAGCCACUGGUAGAGUAUUCUUCCAUCCUCAAACAAUCAGCUCCUUACUUUUAUGACUACUAAACAGGUUGAUUUCAAUUGAAAUAUGCUAGCAAAAUAGAGGGCAAUAAUUCUGCUCAUUUAUUUUUCCAUAGCACCUUUGUGAACUCAGGAAGGAAAAUCCUGAUGGUAUGUUUUAAUGUUAGACUUAUAUUUAAAACAUUAUUCCGAAGGAGUUUUGUUACUGUUUUUAGGGGG